AUGGAUGAGCUCCUUGGACCUCUCCGAGAGGCUCUUGACGGCCCAAUAGACUUCCAUGGCCAACGAGUAACGGACUUCCUGUCAACCGCCCUCCUUAUUUUAUUCGCCGUGAGUUAUACCCAAGAGCCGAUCAUUCGAUAUACUAUGGUGGAGCUUGGGAUAUGCGUACGAAGACAUCUUCCUGACGCUCUGGACGAUGCUGGCCGGCUCUGUAUUAACGAUGUUGGUCGUUGUUCCACCAUGGCCUACAUAUAA